UGGUCAACACACCGCGUUCCUCUUCCUCCGCCUUUUAUCUCCUUCCCCAAACCCCCCCCCCCCCCUUCUCUCUCCAGGCAUGGCUUGACAGAACUCGCAUUCUCUCAGAAAUUGAAAAAUGUCUUCCCGUUAUACCCCUCAUAUUUCACCUUAUUUCCCAAUCUCCACCUCUGUCUCUCAAAGAAAAACCCUAAUUGGCGCCAACCACACCUCCGCUCGCUUCUGCUCUCGUUAGAAAAAAAGAGAAAAUCACUCACUCCUCUACAGAUUCUUUUUUCCUUAAAUGUUUGCUUUGUAAUUGUAUAUUAAAAGUCAUGGAGCCAACCGUAGGGAAACCGAACUUCUUGAGCAACAUUCUUGUGAAGGUGUUAUUAUUCGGUGUUUUAAUCAUUAUCGUUCGAUUCGCUUACGUUGUUACCAUCACUGGCGAAUCAUGCAAUCUCGGUGGAUUCUGUUUCUUACCGGAGAAUCUCAAUUUCGUCAUCGCCGGCACCGGAACCGGUUUCUCCACCGCGAACAGAGCAGUUGAAUCCACCUCAGCGGGUCCCUCACAGCCAUAUCUCUACGCGAGUAAAGACUGGAUCAAGGCCGUUCAUUUCUACUCUGAUAUCUUUCAUGAUCUGGUAUCCGAAGGUUAUCUUUCGGCUAUUUCCAAGACUUUGUGUGUAGAAACGCCGAACGGAGAAGAUGUUUUCGCUUUGAAAGAAAUCGGCAUUUUGGACUCGAUUGGGAUUUACCAAAAAGCAUCAAAGCCGUUGGUGAUUUCGACGAAUGAGAACGGGUGGCCGUUCGAUGAGAAUUCUUUGGACUUUAUUUUCUCCGGCGGUGACCGGUUGGAUAAGGCUUCACAGAAGAGGCCGUUGGAUUUAACGGUGUCAGAGAUCCAGCGAACAUUAAAACCGGAAGGGUUUUUUGUGGCUCACGUGAGUGCUAAAGAUAACUAUAGUCUUAAUUCGUUCCUUGAUUUGUUCAAUUCUUGCAAAUUAAUCAAGUCACUUGACAUUGAAGGUUAUAAUUCAUCACUGCCUUUUAUUAGAGAAAUUGUUUUGCAAAAGAAAGGAGGAAGUGAAAUUCUUAGCAAAGAUUCUGAUGGCAAUUCGGAGAAUACAUGCUCUGUUCCGGGGUAUAAAAGGGAUUUGGUGCGCAAUGCCGAGUCUCUUAUAAAGGAAGAGCCACUGAAGCCGUGGAUUACAUUGAAAAGGAAUAUAAAGAAUAUUAAGUAUCUCCCGGCCAUGGCGGAUAUUAGUUUUAAGAGGAGGUAUGUGUAUGUUGAUGUUGGAGCUAGGAGUUAUGGGUCUAGUAUAGGGAGUUGGUUUAAGAAGCAAUAUCCUAAACAGAAUAGGACGUUUGACGUGUAUGCGAUUGAGGCAGAUAAGGCGUUCUAUGAGGAAUACAGAGUAAAGAAAGGGGUCAAAUUGUUGCCAUAUGCUGCAUGGGUGAGGAAUGAGACGUUGAGGUUUGAGAUUAAUCAUGAUCCGGGCAAGAAAGUAAAGGAUAGGACACGAGGGAUGGGGAGAAUUCAGCCAGUGAAAUCUGAUUCAUCAUCGGGAAGUUUUAAUGGAGAGGUGAAUGAGAUUGAAGGGUUUGAUUUUGCUGAGUGGUUGAAGAGCACGGUGACGGAGAAGGAUUUUGUGGUGAUGAAGAUGGAUGUUGAAGGGACCGAGUUUGAUUUGAUACCGAGGUUGUUUGAAACUGGAGCCAUUUGUUUGAUUGAUGAAAUCUUUCUUGAAUGUCAUUAUAGUAGGUGGCAAAGAUGUUGUCCUGGACAGAGGAGCUCCAAGUAUGAGAAAACAUAUGGGCAGUGCUUGGAUCUGUUUACUUCUCUUAGAGACAGGGGAGUUCUAGUUCAUCAGUGGUGGUGAUUGCCUGAUUGGUGACAAUCCUACUCAUCUCUCUUCUUCUUGUUUUUUUUUUUUUUUUUCAGAAAAGGGAAAUAAAAUCAUAGUGCAAACACCUUAGGAUUUAAUCUUUUUUUUUUUUUUUUGUAUUUCCUUCGUUGCAAGUUUCUUUUCUUGUAAGAAUUGCAGAUGCAAAUGAAAGUCUCAUUACUUUA